AUGAAUCCCAAGGCCAAUCGUGAGCGCAUGACGCAGCUCAUGUUCGAGACUUUCAAUGUUCCAGCGAUGUACGUGGAAAUUCAGGCAGUCCUGUCUCUCUACGCCUCCGGCCGAACCACGGGCAUCGUGAUGGACAGCGGCGACGGAGUUUCUCACACGGUGCCUAUCUACGAGGGCUUUGCGCUUCCACAUGCAAUCCUUCGUGUGGACCUGGCCGGCCGUGACCUGACGCACUACCUAAUGAAGAUCAUGACUGAGCGUGGUUACUGCUUGACUACUACGGCGGAGCGUGAGAUUGUCCGAGACAUCAAGGAAAAGCUCUGCUACGUCGCCAUGGACUUCGACAGCGAGAUGCAGGCUGCCAGCCUUGGCAGUGACCAAGAGAUGCAUUACGAGCUGCCUGACGGCAACGUCAUCACGCUGGGCUCUCAGCGCUUCCGCUGCCCGGAGGUCCUCUUCCAGCCCAGUUUUGUGGGCAAGGAAGCAAGCGGCGUCCACGACACCACUUUCCAGUCCAUCAUGAAGUGCGACCUGGACAUCCGAAAGGACCUGUUCUCCAAUAUUGUGCUGUCCGGAGGCACCACCAUGUUCCCGGGCAUCGGCGAGCGUUUGACCAAGGAGCUCACAGUGCGGGCUCCCGCCACCAUGAAGAUCAAGGUGGUGGCGCCCCCAGAGCGCAAGUACAGCGUGUGGAUUGGAGGCUCUCUCCUGGCCUCCCUCAGCACCUUCCAGCAGAUGUGGAUUUCCAAAGAUGAGUACGAUGAGAGUGGCCCGAAUAUUGUGCACCGCAAGUGCUUCUGA